GUACGCCAAUAUUUUGUAACGAUAAUGUGCCGAUGAUCUUUGCUCCAAGAGUUUGAUUGAAGCUUUUAAUGAGAUCUCAAGCUUUUAGUAGUAUCACGAAUUCAUACAGUGAAGACCUAUUCAUUCCUAUAAGAAUUAUUUUCGAAUUUUUUAUUAUUUUAUUCCAAAUAAAAUUCAUUAAAUUUUAACGUUCGAUGAGAUUUAUAAAUAUUUUAGUUUUAUUUAAACGUAGCAGAACAGAAAGUGAAUUAAAACGAGUCGUUGCAGUUUCUUGGAAAUGUAGCUAUGACAUACCACCAACCGACUCUAGUACAAAUUAGCAGUGAUCGAUCUUUCAUGGAUUCCGAUUUAUUGCCUGUGGAAAUUAAUCGAUAUUCAAGUAACCAAAUCUUCAAUGCAUCAUUGAAAGGAAAAAAUUUGAAAGCGUUACAUUUUAGAGACGGUUUAUUCAAAAACGGACAUUCCUUUUGGAAGUGGAAAAAUCGCGGAAGAGAUAACAGAGGUCGAUUAUUAUGGCACUCGAUUUCGCUGCUGGAUGUUUGGGAGGGUGCGCCGGUAUUAUGGUGGGAUAUCCUUUGGAUACGGUCAAGGUCCACAUGCAAACGCAAGAUAAUAGAAAUCCAAAAUACAAAGGCACGUUGCAUUGCCUUCGGACUUUGAUUAAAAAAGAAUCGGUGUCUGGUCUGUAUCGAGGUAUGACGUCACCAAUGGCAGGAGUAGCCGUAGUAAAUGCAAUAAUAUUUGGUGUUUACGGACAAGCACAGAAGCACAUGUCCGAUAAGGAUCGUCUUUCUUAUCAUUUUCUUGCUGGUACUAUGGCCGGUAUUGCACAAUCACCGAUCAGCAGUCUUAUCGAAUUAGCCAAGACUCGUAUGCAAUUGCAAUCAUCAACUAAUAAGACAUUCUCCGGACCAAUGAAAUGUCUCAAACAUAUUCACAAAAAGGAAGGAUUUCGUGGUGUGUUUAAUGGUUUUGGUAUCACGUUUCUUCGAGAAGCACCCAGCUUCGGUACCUAUUUCUUGACUUAUGAGUUUCUUACCCAAUCGAAGGAACCAAUAUCAACAAGUAGAAUGUUACUAGCUGGGGGAUUAGCUGGUACAGCAUCUUGGAUAGUUAGUUAUCCCUUGGACGUCAUCAAAUCUCGUAUACAAGCGGAAAGUAACAAUCGUUAUAACGGUGCAUUAGAUUGUUAUAGAAAAUCUGUACGUUCGGAGGGUUAUUCCUGUCUUUACAGGGGUUUAAAUUCAACCAUAAUACGUGCAUUUCCUACAAACGCUAUGACAUUCGCAGUGGUCACUUGGACGUUUAGAUUUUUUGGUGAACAACGCAUCGAAACAUCAAAUACCGAAAAACUUUUAUCGACAUACGAAUCAUUCGUUGGUAGCUGGGUUACUUUCUUAGACAAUGCUAAUUGUUUAGGUCAAACUAAUUAUCAUAAUGUUACGAUAAUGGCUGCUGGUUCGAUGCUUCGUGAUGUAUUCUCGAAUAAUAAUAAUAAUAAUCAUCACGAUGGGUCUACAAAAUUGUGGUCCAAAAUUGAUAUCUUUGAUCAAAGGACUCGAGAGUGUUACGAAAUUCAAAGAAUUCAUCAAAUGAACGAUAGAGAACAUUCGGAAAUGAUUAAAACAGAAUUAACAGAUAGCAAGGAUCUUGUUAUCGACAAUAAUUGCAAUAUGCAAUGUCCGAUCAAUGCAUCUGGUAUAAUCAUGAACGAAUCUAUAUAAAGUACAAAAAGAAGUUCAAGUUGUUAUUACGUGAAUUUCAAUAGUGUUAUAUCUUUAC